AUGAGGCCUAGUCAUUGUGCUGAAAACCAGGAAGAAGCGAUGCAACAAACCCUACAACAACCAGCUGGACCUCUUUCAAGACACCUCCAAGCCAAUUGCGCUGAUUUCCUUCUACCUCUGCCUCUUGCGGAUUCUCGUUACCAGCUGCAGCAUCUUGUUCAUGGUUCUCAGCAGCUUGGUCAGGGUUUGCAGGCCCUGCAAGAUUUUGCACAACAGCAGAAGCGCUUAGUCACUAGAUACUAG